AGUGUUCUCUCUCUCUCUCUCCCCCUGUGUGUGUGUGUGUGUGUGUGUGUGUAAGCAUAUGUUUGUGCUGUGUGAGGGUUCAGAUGGGACCGCUGGGUGGAAAGGCCCUUUGUGCCCACAAGAGGGCAGCAUCCUGAGGGCUUUGUGAGCGCUGUAUCUCUCGUUAUCGCUGCAGGCUUGGGUUUGAAGAAAGUUAUACCGAAACUUUCAAACUGAUAUCACAUCUUAUUUUGUGAUACUAAAAAAGCAAGGCAUAAAGAAAUUAAGAAGGAAAGAAUAGAAGCGAAGAAAGAAGAGAGAAAAAAAGAAAAGCAGGCAGCCAGCCCACUCCGGGAGAGUCCUAGUCACACCAAGACUAGGGGGAGGGCUGUUUUAAUUGUGGGUUUGGCCGACUGACGACUGGAGUGCCUUCCUCGGCUGUCUUAGUUGUAGCCGGAGGUCAUGUAAAUCGACCUUAAAAGAAUGCAUAAGCCAUAAAUUAAAAUAAACCCUCACCCAAGGGCUGAUCCAUAAGUAGACAAUAUCCAACCUGGACAAAACGAGCUUCCCUCACGAGCCGACCUAAACCGCAUCCCCCUAAAGAAUAGAGACUAAAUGCAAAGUAAGUUUCCCAGCGAAUAUUUUGUUUUCUUGAAAAGUGUUGGGGUGAUUCGCCGUGUGACUGACUGCGAUGUCGCAGUUUCCCGGAGCGCUUCAGUAUUACCCAGGCUCCGGGUGCGGGAGGUCGGGAGGACCUGCCGGGUUUCUGGGCUUCCUAAACGCUACCCCAACCCCACCCCCAUUUUGGUUUGGAAACUUUGGCUAUUUGUGGGGUUGACGAUGGCCGAGGGUGGGCGAGAGUCUAGGAUCUCCUCCGCGCUGUCUGCCCGCGUGAAGUUUACGCGGAGGAGCUCAAAGAAAACCCGGGUCGCUAGAAAAGCAGCUCGCUCCCUCCUCCCACCCUCACCCCAACGCCGCUCCGCCGCAACUUUUCCGGGACCCCGUGCGAGUUGCUUCCAGUUCCCUGCGCUCUCUCCCUUCUUCCCUCAUCCUUCAUUUUUGGACGUGACUUUGAAUGAUCUUUUUAGGAAUAAGCAAAUCGAAUUCCGAGACAAUCCGAAACCCAAGCGCUAAUCCGUGGCCCUCUUUUCUCUCGGACGCUCUGGCGGUGGUGCCGGGCCGGCGGGGGCGCGUGUGACGGGGCCGCCCAGCCCUUCCCAGAGCCGAGUCGGCCUCGGAGUCCUCGCUGCAGGAGCACAGUCGCCCGCGCGUUUCUUCCCCUCCUCGCGUCCCUGAGCCCCGCCAGCGCCCUCCGUCCUUCUCGGCGCCCUGCCCGGGCCCCGCCGCCCGCUGCCCACUCCGCAGAUCCGCAGAGAUCCGCCGCUCUGGGGCUCGGCCCAGGCCCGGGGGCGGUGCUGCCACCCGCCCGGGGCCCAGCCCGAGCCUGACCGCUCCCAGAGGGAGCUGCUUUCUUUUCCUUAAAGGGCCGGGCAGAAAAGGGAAGAGGCUUGUGCAAAGGUUGCCGGGGUUGCUCGGGCGCCCAGAGCGGGGCUGCGGAGGACAGAUUAGCUCCGUUUCCUGGGCUAUUUCCCGGGCGCUCCGCGCAGUUUUAAGAUAAAAAGAGAAUUGGUGUGUUUGGAACAGAUAAAAGGUGGUUGUUGCUGGAGUGUUUUGAGGCUGGCUUUUUUUUUUUUUUUUUUUUUUAAAGCUCUCAGGCUGACCAAGUUUGAAAACGUUUGUAUGAACUGCCAGAUAUUGAAUGUUGCCCCUAUUGGGGGACCAAAAAUAAGUCUUCGACUUGGCUGGCGGGGAUGGGCUGUUAGCGAGAUGGGUUGUCCCCGGCUGCUUCUCUGUGUGUGACCUCUUCGGAGGGCUGAACUUGAAGUUUCGGUCUCGAGAUGGCCCAAAGCCGUUGCUGCGGCAAACUGGGCUGGGCACCGGACCUCCCAUCACACUCAAUGGGGCACUGGGAUGACGUCCGUGUCCGGGGCGCUUGACCCCGGCGCGCACUCUUGCGGCUGGCUGGAUUUUUGGCUCUGGCCGGGCGGCCCAGCCGACAACCCAGUGGAGUCGGGAUGUGAAAGUGCCCCCUCUCCCUGCCUCCCUAGGGUCUCCUCCCUUCUGCCCUGUAUAGUCACAUGCCUAGGUUUCUCCCCGGGUCCCGAGGAGAACAGACACAGCCCCGCCCAGUCUAUUUCUAGGAGGUGAGUUUGGUGAAUAAAAAGGUCAAGUGGUCGGGUCCGAGAGUUGAUCCAUGGCGAGGGGGGACAGGAUGGACACCUGGCAAGGACCGCCCCGCCUGUCCCCCCUCCCUCUCCCCCGGUCCGCCCAGCUUACGACUGGCCUCCGCAGGCCACAUUCUUGCGCUAAGUGAGAAAAUCUGUGGGAAAAGCAAUCCCGAACCGGCCAAGAGCCGGCGAAGCUGAUCCUGCGAUGGCAUUUUGUUUUGAACAGUUGCUGAGGUUGACGUUUCCUCAUAAGGUCACUUUCAUGAAUUCAAAAGCAAUUUACCAGUGAUUUCUGGGUGCUGGGGCUGAUUUUUUUGUGCAUAUUUACUUUCUAUAUCUUCUGAUGAGGAAAGAGAAAUGCUUCAAGAAGGACUUUGUGACCCCUCAUCACUUUGUAUAAGAGCCCAGGGCAUGAACUGAGACCAAGGACCCAACAAUAUUAAUAAUUCAACAUUUGGCAGUAUUGUGGAUAUUAAUGCAUUCGUAGUUCAUCUUGACAAACCUGGGCCCAAUCACAUGUGAAAAUGAGUUUAGUCAUCUAAUUUUAGUUUCUGAAGAAUGUCUUCCAAGCAAGCCACCUCUCCAUUUGCCUGUACAGCUGAUGGAGAGGAUGCAAUGACCCAAGAUUUGACCUCAAGGGAAAAGGAAGAGGGCAGUGAUCAACAUGUGGCCCCCCAUCUGCCUCUGCACCCCAUAAUGCACAACAAACCUCACUCUGAGGAGCUACCAACACUUGUCAAUACCAUUCAACAGGAUGCUGACUGGGACAGUGUUCUGUCGUCUCAGCAAAGAAUGGAGUCAGAGAAUAAUAAGUUAUGUUCCCUAUAUUCCUUCCGAAAUACCUCUACCUCACCACAUAAGCCUGACGAAGGGAGUCGGGACCGCGAGAUGAUGACCAGUGUUACUUUUGGAACCCCAGAACGCCGCAAAGGGAGCCUUGCCGAUGUGGUGGACACACUGAAACAGAAGAAGCUUGAGGAAAUGACUCGGACUGAACAAGAGGAUUCCUCCUGCAUGGAAAAACUACUUUCAAAAGAUUGGAAGGAAAAAAUGGAAAGAUUAAAUACCAGUGAACUUCUUGGAGAAAUUAAAGGUACACCUGAGAGUCUGGCAGAAAAAGAACGGCAGCUCUCUACCAUGAUUACCCAGCUGAUCAGUUUACGGGAGCAGCUCCUGGCAGCACAUGAUGAACAGAAAAAACUGGCAGCCUCACAAAUUGAGAAACAACGGCAACAAAUGGACCUUGCUCGCCAACAGCAAGAACAGAUUGCAAGACAACAGCAGCAACUUCUGCAACAGCAGCACAAAAUUAAUCUCCUGCAACAACAGAUCCAGCAGGUUCAGGGUCACAUGCCUCCGCUCAUGAUCCCAAUUUUUCCACAUGACCAGCGGACCCUGGCAGCAGCUGCUGCUGCCCAACAGGGAUUCCUCUUCCCCCCUGGAAUAACAUACAAACCAGGUGAUAACUACCCCGUACAGUUCAUUCCAUCAACAAUGGCAGCUGCUGCUGCUUCUGGACUCAGCCCUUUACAGCUCCAGAAAGGUCAUGUCUCCCACCCACAAAUUAACCCAAGGCUAAAGGGCCUAAGUGACCGUUUGGGCAGGAGUUUGGACACCUUUGAACAUGGUGGUGGCCACUCUUACAACCACAAACAGAUUGAGCAGCUCUAUGCCGCUCAGCUGGCCAGCAUGCAGGUGUCACCUGGAGCAAAGAUGCCAUCAACUCCACAGCCACCAAACGCAGCAGGGGCAGUCUCACCUACUGGGAUAAAAAAUGAAAAGAGAGGGACCAGCCCUGUAACUCAAGUUAAGGAUGAAGCAGCAGCACAGCCGCUGAAUCUCUCAUCCCGACCCAAGACAGUUGAGCCUGUAAAGUCCCCAACAUCUCCCACCCAGAGCCUCUUCCCAGCCAGCAAAACCAGCCCUGUCAAUCUGCCUAACAAAAGCAGCAUCCCCAGCCCCAUUGGAGGAAGCUUGGGAAGAGGAUCCUCUUUAGGUAAAUGGAAAAGUCAACACCAGGAAGAGACUUAUGAAUUAGAUAUCCUGUCCAGUCUCAACUCUCCUGCCCUGUUUGGGGAUCAGGAUACAGUGAUGAAAGCUAUUCAGGAGGCUCGGAAGAUGCGAGAACAGAUCCAGCGGGAGCAACAGCAGCAGCAACCACACGGUGUUGAUGGGAAACUGUCCACCCUGAAUAAUAUGGGGCUGAACAACUGUAGGAAUGAAAAGGAAAGAACACGCUUUGAAAAUUUGGGGCCCCAGUUAACAGGAAAGUCAAGUGAAGAUGGAAAGCUGGGCCCAGGUGUCAUCGAUCUUACCCGGCCAGAAGAUGCAGAGGGAAGUAAAGCAAUGAAUGGCUCUGCAGCUAAACUACAGCAGUAUUAUUGUUGGCCAACAGGAGGUGCCACUGUGGCUGAAGCACGAGUCUACAGGGAUGCCCGAGGCCGGGCCAGCAGCGAGCCACACAUCAAGCGACCAAUGAAUGCAUUCAUGGUUUGGGCAAAGGAUGAGAGGAGGAAAAUCCUUCAGGCCUUUCCUGACAUGCAUAACUCCAACAUUAGCAAAAUCUUAGGGUCUCGUUGGAAAUCCAUGUCCAACCAAGAAAAGCAACCUUAUUAUGAGGAGCAGGCCCGGCUAAGCAAGAUCCACUUAGAGAAGUACCCGAACUAUAAGUACAAACCUCGACCGAAACGCACCUGCAUUGUCGAUGGCAAGAAGCUCCGGAUUGGGGAAUACAAGCAACUGAUGAGGUCUCGGAGACAGGAGAUGAGGCAGUUCUUUACUGUGGGGCAGCAGCCCCAGAUUCCAAUCACCACAGGAACAGGUGUUGUGUAUCCUGGUGCUAUUACUAUGGCAACUACCACACCGUCACCUCAGAUGACCUCUGACUGCUCUAGCACCUCGGCCAGCCCGGAGCCCAGCCUCCCAGUCAUCCAGAGCUCUUACGGCAUGAAGACAGACGGCGGAAGCCUAGCUGGAAACGAAAUGAUUAAUGGAGAGGAUGAAAUGGAAAUGUAUGAUGACUAUGAAGACGACCCCAAAUCAGACUAUAGCAGUGAAAAUGAAGCCCCGGAAGCUGUCAGUGCCAACUGAGAAGUGUUUGUUUGCUGAAUUAAAAUACUCUGACAUUUCACCUCCCCUCCCCCAACAAAAAAAGUUCUUAAAGAGCCCGCAUGCAUUUGUGGCUCCACAAUUACAUCAGCAGAAUGGUCUUAAUUGUUUCGUAAAGCGUGAGACAGAUUAAGUUUUCCCUGAUUUUUCAUGAACUUGAGUUUUUUUGUCGUUAUUGUUAUUGUUGUUGUUGUUUUUUAAUUUAGGUGAAGACAUAUUAAAUAUGAGACACCAGGACUUGAAAACUUAUCUCAACCCAUAGCUGUCUUACAAGUCUUAUAUUUUUGUCUUACUUUUUUCUUUUGGAUGUUGAUAAAGGUUUAAGUUACUGUUUUAGAUGGGGUUAAACAUUCUCACUCAGGUAUGCUGUGCCGGCCUACAGGUUGUGAAUGUGUUUUUAUUCUGAAUUAUUUUAGAAAACAACUGAGAAUUUCAUAUUGUGAAACAGAACAAAUCCACGGCGUGUGCAGCUGCAUGCAGAGCAUAUUCAAAAGGCCUCGGAAUUCCAUUUUUCCACGUGUAGAGUUAAACUUUGAAUGUGCCAAACUUUUUCAUAACUUUUGAAUCUUAAUAUUUUAAAAGUCUUAAAGGAGACACUGCAAAGUCUUAGACAAUCUUUGGCAUCUUAAAAUAAAAUAGCAAACCACACAUAUUUUUUUUUCCAGAAAAUGGUAAAGUACUCAGGAAUCUGGAGACAAGAUAUUGUAAGGAAUGAACAAGGUUGCCGCAGCGCAUGUACCCAAUCGUGUUUGCCUCUUGACGUGCCAUCAGUGUGACGUGGUAUGACGUGGUAUGCACGCACUAGAGCGAUCACCACACCAGAUAUCGACACGGUGGUCUUCUCUGCCUGAGACCACCUCUCACUACAUCCAUUAUCCCUUUGCCUUUAACCCUGACAUUCAGUCUUAACACAUUUUUCUCUUAAAUAAUUUAUUCAUUCCAGAAUGUCAAGGGUCCACUUACUAUUUAUUUAAAAAAAAAAUCGUUGGUGGCAUUAAUUUAAUAAUUCUUUUUUCUCACCCUCCUUCCCCAAAGAACUAUUCAACCCUUUUCACCUCCUUCUCCUGCUAGAUACAAAAGAUGUACAUAGUGAUUUUAUGUCCCCAGAACAUCUGGAAGCAUUUCUGAAACAAGAUACUACUAAAUACCUAUAUAGUUGUUUUUGAACAUCGGUGUAUAUAUGGCUGUAGAGCUGUGUAUUUGGAUACAGGUGUAGAGACUUACACUUCAACAGGAAUGUCCCUGAGGUUCACCAUGACUUUGAAUCUUUUGCCAGAAUUUUCCCCUAAUUCAGUUAAGCAACAAGUGGUAGGAUCUGCAUCGGUGGCAUUUCCCCUGAAUGCCAUUUAGCAGCAAGGGUCAACAGUGGUGACUGCCAGGCAGGAGAGUCCUGCGGCCAAUCCUAAAGCCCAAAGCUGCGGGCCAUGUAGGAGUCCACAGGGAUGCUGUCAUGGGCUGGCACCUCUUCACUGAGCUGCCUGUCCCAUCUGGCACAUCUAGAGAGUUCUUUGCAAAAUCCCCAGGAUGCAAGCAGCCACAUGACAGCCUCAGAGCAAAGACAGAGGCAAAUUGUCAUGAUACAUCCAGAGAAUGAAAGAAAACAAUAGGGAGGGAGAAGGAGGGGAAAUACAUUCCCUAAAUGGGAUGUUCCUACUGUUAAUUCUGGGGAACAGAUCACUCCUGGGGCAGCAGACAAGUUCCUCUGGCUCACUCCCUCCAUCUGUGGCCGCGUGGGGGUCAUGCCUACGUGUGAACAAGAUUAACUGCCCAUGUCACACGAGGAUUUUUCUGGAGAUGUGCUGAUGCGUUGGGAGGGCAGUGAGGCUUCCUUCCUCAUCUCCUAAUGCCAGGGAGCUCAGCCAUGCCAUCUUGACCUUCCUGAAUCCAGGACUGAUUGCCUACGGGGGAGCCUCACCCCGAGUAGUUCAAUGGGAGAAUGUCAGCAAAUGGGAUUGUUCACCUCAUGGGACAACCAGAAUCUGAUCACCAGGACAUAGGAACGGCCCCAUCGGAUUUCUUGAGCCAUCUUGUCACUUGGAAGAAAAUAGUGUACCUUCGUAUUUAUUUAAGAGUGCUCACGGCCAUACCUAAGAGCGAUAAAUAGGUCUAGCCAAGACAUUACUGUCUAUGUCAUUAGCUAGGAGUGCUCUCUAUAAGCUGAUUUAGGUACUGAUAGGAAUGUUUGGUUCUUAAUAUUGAUUGGGGAUUGGAACUUUGUUUUUGUACAUUUAUUUCAAAUGAGGAGGAGGUCAUUUUUCUAAAAAAAAAAAAUGAGUAUUUAUUAUUGUCUGACUGGUUUCUUUUGAUUAUAUACCUCUCCUCCUCAGUUCAUUCUCACAUUUUCUUUUCCUCUUUCUCUUUGAUUCUUGCUUUUGCCCUCUCCCACUCCUUUUUGAUUUUGUUGCAUAGGUAGAGUGCUGUAUGGCUAGCAUUGUAUUGUAUGUAAUUAAUUUUGCACAAAGGCAAACAUUUAGAAUAGUAGGUUAAUUUUGUUUGUUUUUAUGACCAUGCCAAAAUAAUAUUCUGGGCUGGUGGAGAACAAAGGACUGUUCUUUAGGACUGAAACUUGAUUUUGCUUGUAGUUUAAAAAAAAAAGAAACAAAAAAAAGAAAACAACACAAAAACCCAACAAAAAACACACACACUCACAGAUGUUGUUUCGUAAGUGUUAUAAGCACUGGAUAUAAAUGGUAUUUUUUAUCACUUCUGACUAAUGUGAAGCUGUUGUACGAAAACUACAUGAACAAAAGUCAUCUGUUUCGACUCGUGUGGGCUUGCCUCACAGUUGCCGGAUUUGAGUCAUUUUUAUGUCUUGUUAUUUCAUUUAUUUAUGCAAAAUACAUGUGUGUAUGAACACUUUGUUUUAGCUCCAGCUCUGCCUCAGUACUGGGGUUCAGUUACUCCUAGCCAUGUUCUUAAAAAUGAAAGGCUAUUCAGGAAUGAUCUGAUUGUAAACGUCUCUUUCAUUGGGUCAAACAGUGAUGCUGUAUUUGAAUCUAAAUUCUGCACAUAAGCAGUUUAUUCUAUUUAUUAGCCAAGUUUGGCUCUAAAUAUCCAUGGAAAUUAAGAAUGACAAUCAUAGGGAUCACUUCAUUUUAUUUUCAGUGGGGCUUAAACAAAGUUUUUAUGAUUUUACCAUCUCAUUUUAGAUUUUUCUAAUUGUGUAAAUAUAACAUAGAAAUAGAAUUUAUUUUUGGUUCAUGAAUAUUUAGUGAAAUAUAAGUUAUGUAUUUCCUUUUUGUUCUCUAUCCAUGUAUGUUGGUCCAGACUAGAAGUUGACAAGUCACUGUACCUCAUGGGGUAGUGAAUUAUCAGCCACAGUGAGAGAGCAGAGCCCCACUUGCAGCUGGAGCAGGAAAACCCUUCACUCGGGUUCUCGUACAGUUUAGAACCCACUGUCCACAGACUCAGCCUUUCACUUUUUUUCUCAUAGAAAGCUGAUGAAUUGAACAUGGUGAAUUUCCAGCACAGCUGGGAGGGAGUCAAUUUGCUCUGUGAAUCCACAUGAAUCUUAUAAGGUAGUCCCGUGACCAUUUAAUAGCAUGAAGCAUGAAUGCCAUUAUAAAGGCAAAAAUCUGCCUCUGAGAUUGGCCAUUAAUGAAAGCCUCAUCAUGCCAAUUAGAUUAAAGAAUGUUAAUCAACUUUUUUUUUCAUUGCUCCCUAUUUUAUAAUAUCUUCAAAUCAAAGGUAAACAUCUCCAUUUUGUUAAAGAACUUGCAGGAUCAGGAUUUUCUUUGUCACUUAGAAUAGGGACACUGACAGACAAUCCUGUCCUAAAAAAAUGGACCAUAUGGAAUAGGAAGGAAGGAAGGAAGCGAAGAAAGAAGGAAAGGAAGAAAGAAAGAAAAGAAAGGAAGCAAAGGAACGAAGAAAGAAAGAAGAAAAGAAGAAAGAGAAAGAAAGGGAAAGAAAGAAAGAGAGAGAGAAAGAAAAGGUCAGUCUGUGGACAGGAACAGCCAGUCGAGCAGUGUCUCUGUUUCGCUGGCAGAUGUGAGGUGGUAUCUUUUCCAGGAAGGUACGAAAGCUUUGUUGUUUUCACCUGUAUUCAGCUCACUCUUUCAGGAGCACAUCAGUUCGCUCCACUUGGUAUUUGAUACUCUCCAACCUUGUCCUCAGGCCUGAUUUGAUUUGCCAGGGUCCCAACACCAUCUCUCAGGCCAAGUUCUAAAUUCAGGUGUGGGCUCACAGUGCUAUUGAGCUUGUCAAAUUCUGGCCUCCCCUGAACAUGAGCCCCACUGGAGCCUGGGGUGUUUGAAAAGGGUGUGAUCACUCUAGGGCUGAAAUUAAAGGCUUCUUUCUUUUCCUUGUGAAGCCAGGCUGCUUCUCCGGAGCACACCCUCCCGAGCAGGGGGGCACAGGCACUAGUGAAAGCGGGGAUUGUUUCAAGGAAGCCCAUCUACCCCCAGUAGGAAGGCAGCCUGGUCACACCACAGCUGAGGCUGCUCCUCUUAAUUCACUCAUUCUGCAAAGAGGUGACCUCUACCUACUCAUUAAGGAAAAGAAAAAGGAUCGCUUCGUAGAUUUAAACCGUACGAGAAGUCCUGUACCAAGUGCCAACAACUGCAAAGAAUGCAGCUAGAGGAAUGUAUUGAAAUUAUUACUGGGUCUUCCUUUUUAAUGAGAAUAUGACAAAAAAUGGUUGCUGUAGCCUUGCCUGAUUUUGUAUAUGUUUGUCUAAGGACUGAGUUGGCACUUAAGCUCACUUCUCAAAGUAUAAUAAUAUUGUAUGACCUCAUUUGUCCUUUUACUAAAGCACUUGCAUCAUUUCCUUAAGUCAUCUGUCCCCUGACAUGUUUUCUUCCUUAAUAAACAACUUCUGUCUGUUAUUCCUGCCGAUUAUGUUCUGUUUCUGAUGCCAUGUACUAUUGAGCGUAAUCCUCUGCUAAUAUCACUGAAAAUACUGAUAUGCAAACACUUUUCCCUUUCAUCCCCACCCCAUCUUUUCCUUUGGGGACAGAUUUCUUUCCAAAAGCUCAUGAACAAGUAUUGGGAAUGCUGGUACCUUGGAGGCAGGGCUAGAGGUGGGAGGGGGCAAGGCAGAAAGGUGAAGCUUAGUGCAGAUUCUCUUCUGAUUGUCGUCCAUGGCAACACGAAAGCUGGAAGGCAACUCAGUGACAUAUCUUGCUCAGUACUUUCUUAUUCCUGAAGAACCACAGGCAGAAAGUGAGGCCUCAGUGCUGGUGCUCUUGGAGUAUGGGGAAUGUGCAAAUAUUUAACUGUUUUGUAUGCUGCACAUUGCAGACCUGCUCAUGUGCAUUCUCCGUUUGUCUUCCUUUGUCAUAUGUGUUUUUGCUUUUUUGAAAAAGUGCAGUCUUUAUUGUACCCUUCUCCAGCUUGUAGCAGAUUAGAAUGCUUAGCAUUUAUGUUCAUUCAUUAUUGUAUUUGCCAUGUAAAAUUUUUAUUACCUUAGACAAGCUUAUAAGCUGUUACUACAUAACUUAUCUUAUUGUAACUCUUUUAUUUCCCGACAUUGUAAUUUGUUUGUGAUGUAUAUUGUGAGAUUGUAUUCUAUGUUAAUUUAAUCAGCACAAUUCACUGACAUGCUGGACUGACAUGCUGGCUGCUGUUUCAAAGUGUAAAGUUUGUGUAGGGCUGUUGAGACAACUGCUACUCUGUUGCCAAGGUACUGCGCUGGUUCCUCUAGCAACACUGCGGGUGUGGCCCUUGGGACUGAGGGCAUCGAAUACACCCUUGAGCAAAUUUUAACUGCAGAUUUUCUUUGUAGAAAUUCUAUGUAUAAUGCAGGUACCUACUUGGCCCAUGGCUGGUAACUAUUUGGGCAAUUAGAAAAAAAAAAAAAAAAACAAGAACCAUAAAAACUAGUGUCUAUUGCUGCUUUGAAUAUGUUUGAAAGUCUGAAAUGUAAAUAGUUUAUCAAAAAAAAAAAUCUUGUACAGUCCAGUGUAAAGUUUUUAAAUGACCUUAAAAGGGUUGUCAUCACAUCUUUCUCACACUCUCCUCCUGAUAAUGGAAAAAAAGUUUGCUAAGGAUUAAAGAAAUGAGAAAAAAAAAGAGAAUCUCUUCAGAUUUCAAGGAAUGAAUCAUUGUUCUUAGCUUUGUUGCAUACACACACUUCUUGGAUUUCGUUGUGCAGUAUUGAUGUGAGAUAAAACUCAACAUUGAAUAACCUUUCAGUGGUACUUUUCAAAGUCUUCCCCUCCUCUGCCUCAUAAUUAAGGGAAAAGACAAAAUUGAAAGACACACUGUCUUUAUCUAUCCUGGUGUAUGUUGGCACCUUAGCUACUUUUUUUUUUUUUUUCCUUUUUGCACAAGGUGCUUUCCUGAUAUGUUAAACAUGCCAUCUUUGGGUGAUAAUGUAUAUGCCAUGGUGGGGCCUAGGCCCCUCAGGGGAGUGUCUAUAAGAACUGCCUAUUUAUGCUCAUUUACCUCAAGACUGUCCUCUCUACCCUUAAUCUAGUCGUCAUCACUCCAUCUUUUGUACUGCUGUUGACACUUACAAAUUAAAGAUAAAUUUUGUUUUAUGA